UCACAAGUUCCAAGCAAUCAAGUCCCAAAGAUUUGAAAAAUCUGCAGAAAUGGCGAUUACACUCAACAGCGGCUUCAAGAUGCCGAUAGUCGGACUCGGUGUUUGGCGAAUGGAAGGCAAAGAUAUAAAAGAUCUUAUCAUUAACGCCAUCAAAAUUGGCUACCGUCACUUUGAUUGUGCUGCUGACUAUCAAAACGAAGCUGAAGUUGGGGAAGCACUUGCAGAAGCUUUUCAAACGGGGCUCGUGAAGAGGAAGGAUCUUUUCAUUACAACCAAGCUUUGGAACUCAGAUCAUGGUCAUGUUCUUGAGGCCUGUAAAGACAGCCUUAAGAAGUUACGCCUGGAUUACUUGGAUCUCUACCUUGUUCACUUCCCCGUAGCCACAAGACAUACAGGAGUUGGUACAACAGCUAGUGCAUUGGGUGAGGAUGGUGUUCUGGAUAUCGACACUACCAUAUCAUUGGAGACUACUUGGCAUGCAAUGGAAAAUUUAGUCUCUCUCGGCUUGGUUCGUAGCAUAGGGAUCAGCAACUAUGACAUUUUCCUUACCCGGGAUUGCUUAGCAUAUUCCAAAGUGAAGCCUGCUGUGAAUCAAAUCGAGACUCAUCCUUACUUCCAGCGUGAAUCUCUUGUCAAAUUCUGUCAAAAGCAUGGCAUCUGCGUUACAGCCCACACACCUCUGGGUGGUGCUGCCGCUAAUACUGAAUGGUUUGGUACAGUAUCAUGCCUGGAGGAUCCAGCUCUAAAAGGUCUAGCUGAGAAAUAUAAGAAGACUGUGGCCCAGGUUGUUCUGCGCUGGGGCAUCCAGCGAAACACAGUUGUGAUUCCUAAAUCAUCAAAACUGGAGAGACUGCAGGAGAAUUUCAACGUUCUCGACUUCGAGCUCACCAAAGAAGACAUGAACCUCGUCAAAAGUUUGGACCGCAAUUAUAGGACCAAUCAACCUGCAAAGUUCUGGGGCAUAGAUCUGUAUGCCUAAGCAGUUUCGUGCUUGACGUCUCGUUGACGACCAUGAAAAGGGACUGAGCUUGUCAGACCUACAUCCGAUUUGAACUUGGCCAAGUGAGAUGAUGUUAGGUAAGGUAUUAGUUGGAUUGUAUCUUACAACAACAAACCAGUGUAAUCUCACAAGUGGGGUCUAGGGAGGGUAGCGUAUCUUAUGUUUCUUUAUUUCAAACUUGUAUCAAGGAUGAUGGAUAGCCCUGGUGGUUGAGUUUCUGGGAGAGCAGAUGCCCUCUUUCUCGGGGAAACGCAUCUCCCAUCUAAAGGCGAUUAAAACUAUUUGUUGAGUUAAACAGACUCAAAAUUCAGCUGCUUACAUAAAUGCCUGUCUAAUGAAAUUUACGUUAAGUUUA